GUGGUGCCAUAUCGAGUGCUGCUGCACUUCAGGGUGCACAGGGUUCAACGGCAUCUUGGAUGCCCACGCUCUCCGAUCCCCGCGUGAUUCCAAAGGAACUUCAGGGCAUUUUGGAGAAUCCGGAGGUAUUCAGCAUGAGUGGGGGCCCAAAGGCAAAGGAUUCAGAGGCUCAGGAGACUCAGAAGCAACCAGAGGCGCUGAGUGAACAGAAACCAACCGAAGCCCCACGGGUUGAGUCUUCGCACGAGAGCCUAGUCUCCGCCCUGAAAGCUGCCAUUGGCAAGACUGACGACGACAAACCCAAGACGAAGGAAGCCGAAAGCAUAAGAUUCCCCGAUUUCCCGAAUCCGGAAUCUUACAGGUCCUGGAAGAUUGCUGUUCGCGAGGCCGUUAGAGCCGCAUCAGACAAACCAGAUGAGGCAUUCAAUUGGGUGCAAGAGGUUUACGAGAGAACAGCCACUAACGAAUCCCUUAGAGGCAAGUUCCUUACCCUUGACACCAAGAUCCUCAAUGCACUUUCCAGAGUCGCCAAGGGUGAGUUGAACAGGCAGAUCAUCAACUAUAAAGAAUCCGAAGCAAUUCUCUUCAUGUUCGAACAGUUCUUCAAAGCCAAUGAGGCAGCUGGAUCACUUUAUAGCGUCGAAGAUCUUUUGAAGGUGAAGCUUAAUAGAGAUGAUCUGAGUACCUUCAUCCACAACUGGGAAUCGGUUAUCGCAGGCCUCAACCACCAACCCGAAGAGACGACUCUCCGAGACAUUCUUCUUCGCGAGCUACGAAACUCACACAAGCUUAAGUUCGACUUAGAGGUCUAUGAUCGAGCUAAGGAAGGGGAGGAAAAGCACACAUAUGGCUACCUUGUCAAGUGUGUUAAAGAGCUUCUUGAGAGGGAGCGCACCCGCAGUAACCGCACUGCUAUUGCCAGAGCUCACGGUGCUAGGUAUGGUGCCCCCGCCUUUGAGGAGAAGCCGAGAGCCCCAUCAACCCCUCGAGGUCGCGAUGAGAAGAAGCCUUGCUUUGCUUUUUAG